AAAGAAAAAAAAAAAAAUAAAAUAAAAUGUAAAAUUCGAUCAGUGAUGUAUUAUUAAAUAAGUACAUAUAAACGUUACGCGCCUUAAGUUUACGUUCAAAGAAAAAGAAAAUAGGCAAAGUCAAUUGAAAUAAAAUGAAAUGAAAUGAAUAAAUAAAUACGAACUCAACGACGGGAAAAAAAGUCCUUAUUUCGUUUAUCAAAAAGUAAUAAUAUUGUUUUGAAUCCUUUAUUCACUCGUAACUCUACUUCGUUACCUCACGUUAAACUGAUGAAAAGCGUUUAUUGUGUAUUAAAGGCGGCGGGGGGAGGGGGGAAGAAAAGAAAAGAAAAAUAAUACAUAAACGACAUCUUUCGUUCGGUAUAAUUUUUUCUUGUUUUUUUUUUUCUUUUUUUUUUCAACAAGGAAAUAAUGAUUUUUGAUUGAGAUAAAUAGAUGUGAUUGUGACUUUAUAAUAGGAGGGAGAAAAAACAGGAAGUUUGUAAAAAUAUAAAGGAGGAAAAGAAGUUUUGUAGGAGAAAAAGAAGUUUUGCAGGAGAAUAAGAAAAUUAAAAAAAAAAAAAAAAAAGAAGAAAGAACGUUUAAGAAGGUCUCGUUGGGAGACGAAACGGUCAUUGCAAAUUGAAAGAAGACAGAGUGAACAUCUCUACGCGAAAGAAAUAUACUUGUGAACGCGCGCGUGCAUAAGAGCGAGCGAGAGAGAGAAAGAGAGAGAGAGAGAGAGAGAGAGAGAGAGAGAGAGAGAGAGAGACAAAGACAAAGAUAAAGAUAAAGAUAAAGAGAAGGGGAGAGAAGGCAUAUAUUAAAUAUUUAUUAUUCGCAUGAAAAGAGAAGAGAACAACCAUUUUUACGUUUCCUAUGCUUAACUCUGUAUCGUCGUCGAAAAGAGUUUGAAUACCAAUUAUGUACAUGGACACAACUAGCACGUGACAUCCUAGACGAUAUUUAAUUUAAGUCGUAGACUUUGUUAGUCGAUUUUGAAAACUCGUUAAAAUCGCACAUAAUAUUUAAAAAAUAAAAUUCUCUAGUUCUCUUCGUAUAUUCAAAUAUCGUUUCUCAAUUACAUAUCUUCAAAACGGGUAACGUAUUUUCAAAUCGAUUGUUGGAGCGCCGGGAUAAACAUGAGGUAGAAGUAUUAGUCAGCACUACGACCCAUGGGGCUACACCAUUAGUUAUGGCCUGUAGAAAUGGGCACUACGAUGUGGCAGAAUAUCUCAUAGUAAAAUGUGGGGCAGACAUAGAACAACCCGGCUCAGUUGUUUUUGAUGGCGAAACCAUAGAAGGUGCGCCACCAUUGUGGUGUGCAGCAGCAGCCGGUCACAUCGAACUAGUGAAAUUGCUAGUACAACGAGGGGCGAACGUAAAUUCGACGACGAAAACAAAUUCGACGCCAUUAAGGGCUGCUUGUUUUGAUGGACAUUAUGAAAUUAUUAGAUUCUUGGUCAAGAACGGUGCAGACAUAGAAAUGGCGAAUCGUCAUGGGCACACGUGUUUGAUGAUAGCAUGCUACAGAGGCCAUAUCGACAUUGUUAAGUUAUUAUUAGCUUGGAACGCAGACGUCAAUAGAAAAUCAGUCAGAGGUAACACUGCGUUACACGAUUGUGCAGAAAGUGGAUCCUUAGAAAUCCUUAAAUUGCUCGUUCAACACGGUGCUCAAAUGGACGUUGAUUCUUUUGGUAUGACACCACUUCUGGCAGCAGCGGUAACAGGCAACACCGAUAUCGUGGAAUAUCUAAUUGGAAUUCCUGAAAUAAUAAAACGCGAAGAACGCAUAGACGCAUUGGAACUUUUAGGUGCAACAUAUGUCGAUAAGAGAAGGGACAUGGUCGGUGCUCUUAAUUUUUGGAAACGCGCCAUGGACGAUAGAUAUCAAAGCGACGUUGUAAUAUCAAAACCAUCGCCUCUACCCCUAAUAGCGGCCUAUGACUUUGCUCAAGAAAUAUGCGAACCAGAACAACUGGAUGAGCUAUUGGCAGACCCAGACGAAAUGCGUAUGCAGGCAUUAGUAAUUAGAGAAAGAAUUCUGGGUCCGGCACAUCCAGAUACAAGUUACUAUAUUCGCUACAGAGGAGCGGUCUAUGCCGAUGCAGGAAAAUUUGAUCGAUGCAUAGAACUAUGGAAUUAUGCGUUGGAUAUGCAACAGGGAAUGCUCGAGCCUUUAAAUCCGAUGACACAGAGUUCCUUCUUUAGUUUUGCCGAACUCUUCAGCUUCAUGAUCGGCGAGGAAGGUAGACAAACUAGUAGAGGAAGGAGAGUACCUCCUGUUGACAGACAAGAGAUACUUCGAAUUUUUUUAAAGGCUAUAGAAGAAGUUAGAUUGGGGAAGCAAUUGUUAGAUAAAAUUCCACUUAGAGAUCGCGACGUCACAUCUUUAAACAGAAUUUUAUUAAUAACCUUGCAUCUAGCUUGUUUGAUGACGCGCGAUAUGCCCACAGAAGGUACAUACGAGUAUGUGGCCAUACAUAAAGCUAUUUACGACUUGGUUCGAAUCAACGCAAAGGGCAAAGAGGAUCGUGACGCCUUACAAUUAAUACAUAGCGACGACGUAGCUUUGGUAGGAAGGUAUCCGGUCUGCAAAUUUCAUUCGCCUCACUUGACUACAGCUUUAUUGAAAGUUGGGGCUGAUGUUAACUCGAGAGAUAGGAAUGGAAACACUGCUUUACAUUGGGUGGCCAUGUCGUUACCUUGGCGACCAGACCUUGCCGUAGCGCUUCUCGAUGCAAAUGCUCAUAUCGAUACCGUUAAUAGAGAUAAGAAAACCUUUAAAAGUUUAUUACGCAACAAACAAAACUAUUACUCUAUCAGCCCGUUAAAAUACAUCACGUUGUCGUGCUUAGCGGCUAAGGUAAUUAGAAGGUGGUGUAACGACGAAAAAAUUGAUGAAGUCGUGCCCGGACACUUGCAAGAGUUUGUUAAAAUGCAUUAGCAAAAAUGAAUACGAAAGAACGAACUAUUUGUUAUUAAUGAGAUAUCGCGAAGUUUUACUCUUCGCUUUAUCAUUUUUGUCUAAUAACGUUUUGUUUUUAUCUUUCUUUCUUUCUUCCUGAUUCUUUUUUUCUUUUCUUUUCUUUUCCUUUUUCCUUUCUAUUUUGUAAUACUCUUAAUAAUCCGAAUUAAACGAACGUUGAUUAAAAGUCAGAAAGCGAAAUAGAAAUGUCUAAUGCAUGAUUGAUGAUAAAAGAUAAUGAUUGUAUUUUAACAACAACUCUCGUGAAGUAUUUUUCAAGUGGCGAAAAUUUAUGAAGCAUUGCAUGACGACAGUAAAAAAUAAAAAGCGAAAACUGUAAAAAAAAAAAAAAAAAGGAAAAAAAAAGAAAAAAAGAAAAAGAAAAAUAGAAGAAAAAAGAAACAGAAAGCACGAUAUGACCGCAGAUGUAUGCAGUCAUAUAGUCAAGUGUAUGACGUGUGCAGCGUGAUGAUAAAUACGAACUCGUGAUGUUUGUGUAGUAAUCCUGAUUUAUUUCUUUUCUUUUUCUAUUUUAUAUUAUUCUAUUCUAUUCUAUUCUAUUCUAUUCUAUUCUAUUCUAUUUUAUUCUUUUCUUUUCUAUUUUUUUUUUUUUGUAUCUAAAGAGCGUUCGUAAAUUCUUCGAAUUAAUGGCUGAAGAUCAGCGGAGAUAAUAAUUAAUAAAGAUUCGAAGAUAAUGUGUUCGAUUAAAGUAUUACGCUUGUCGACUUUAGUGUUGCCAUCCAUGAAUAUUUUUGCCAAGAAUCGAUCGUCGUGCUUCAUAAAAAUGAUACGAGCUUAAAAACAAAUUUGUAAACGUCUUUUUCCAAGUUGAAGGAUCUCUCUUUGGUAUUUAAUAUUAUUGACUAUAUUAACAGAACUAUAUUAAAUAUGGAAUAACACGAAAGUCAUUAAAUAAGAAAUAUUGUGACCAUUGAUUAAAAGAGAUAUUCGAUUUUCGCUACGUGAUAAACUUGGCAAAAGGCCUUUUCACCCUACUCCCCCCCCCUUAUACAUAAAACCCCGCGGUAAUAAAAAAAAAGAGGACGAAAAAAAAAUAUAUAAGAAAAAAAAAGCCAUAACUUUUAGGAAAACACCGCAUUGAUGAUAUAUAAAUAUUUUAGCGAUAACGUGAUAAACGUAAUAAUAUUAAAUUAAACUUGUGUACUCUUAGAAAAAAGAAAAAUGAAUUUUUACCAUCAGUAAUGUAUAAAACGAAAAAUAAAUAUAUGCAGGAUCAGAAAAUUUCUAAUAUACAUGCAUUUUUCCAUUUUGGACACAUCGGCAGGAAAUAAUAUUGAUUAAAAAGAAAAGAAAAGAAAAAGAAAAAAAAAGGAAUAGAGUCACGUCGUUGAUUACGCACAAAAAUUUUUCGAAUGAUUUGUAAAAAAAAGAAAAAAAAGGAGAUUAUUUCGCAAAGUAAUGAGACUACGUUAGAUGAUGCGUUCGUUACUCUUUUGUCGCUCUUAUUUCUUAACAACACACCCAAUAUUUAUAUUUCGAAAUGACAAAAUAUAUCUUUCAUUGAUAUCUUCGUUGGAGGAAAUGAAGGAAAAAAAAAGAAAAGAAAUAAAUAAAAAAAGGAAAAAAAAAAGGAAAAAAAAAAAAGAAAAAAAAAACGAUAUCGCGCGUAUAAUCCAAGUCCAUAAUUUACUUACACAUCGUUAUUUACAUCGAGCCUUAAGCUUUUGCGCCAUUGAUAAUACCUUUAUUUCAAAUGUGAUAAAACUUACACGAUAGAUUAAAAAAAUUAUAAACAUAUUAUACAUACAUACAUACAUACAUACAUACAUACAUAGACAAAUGCGAAGAGAUGCGAGAUAUGUUGUUUAGAAGAGGUGCUUCUUUUAAAUCGACGAACAAUAGAUGCACCUAAUGCAAUUUAAUACGUAUGCGAUCGUGAGAAAUCCACUAACAAAACAUUUACACUUAUUUAUUUGACUGGUUUUUUCUUUCUCUCUCUCUCUCUCUCUCUCUCUCUCUCUCUUUUUUUUCCACGAAUACAGUUCUUUUUAUAUACUUUUUAUGCAUUCUCCGUUUGAACGAGUUGUUUUAGUUAAUAGAGUCACAUUCUCACAUAUUUACCUUUUAUGCGGAACGUUGUCUCGAUCCCUCUGUGAAAAAAUAUAAUUCUUAAUCUUACAUAUUUAUCGAGAAGACUCGAACCGUUUUAUAAUGUAAAGACUGUGGAAAUACAGGUGUGAUAAAAAAAAGAAAAAAUAUAUAUAUAUAUUAUAUAAUCGAAAUAUUUAUAUGUUUAUUUCUCUUCAAUUCUAAAUACCUUACACAUAUACUACCUAUAUAAAAAAAAAAAUAUAUAUAUAUAUAUAUACAUACGCCCACCCGUUUUUUUUAUUUAUGCGAUAAAUUAUACCAUCGUUUACAUGAUACUUAUAUACCCUAUCUUUGUUUAAACGAUCUAACUUUAUACGAUUAGAAAAUAUAUAUUCUCUAAAAUAAUCAUUCGGGAAUUAUACCUAUACUGUGUUGUCGACAAUAUCCUAAAGUUAGAUAAAGACGAAAAUUUCUAUAAUAAAUAAUAUAAUUUUGAACGAAUUAAAAAAAAAAAAAUAUAGAUGUUGAUUACACGUUACACAAGAAGAAAAAGGAAUAAAUUUUAUACUAUCGUAUUUGUAGAAUUUUUGUAAUUUUUUCUACAAUUAUAUAUCUUUCAUAGAUUUUUUUUUUCUUUUUAUAAACCUACAUGUACGCAUGUAUAUCAAGAAUAAAUAUUUUCUGUUAUAUUUUUCCUUUAGACGAAAUCUCUCUAUAACGAACACUUGGAUUUUGAGGCGAUAAAAAAAAGAAGUUGAUUAUUUUCGAAAUAUAUGAUACGCGGCGAUAACGAAUACGAUGUAUAUUUUCGUAUGACAACGAAUAAAAUUUAUAUUUUCAUUUUUGUAGAAAUUA